AGUCGGAGUGGGUGUCGGUGAAGUUCUAUGUAAAGCUUUGAAGGUCGUUUGAACCAGUCACAUUCUAUAUUUAGCCAUCUAGCUCGUAACUUCCGUCACUCAGCAUCUUUUCAUCUUAUACUGGCGAGCAAGGAUGGCCUCCGUAGAGAUUGCAGAAGAAAUACGCUCCAUCUUCCCUGGUACAGAAGAACUCAUCGUGCAGUAUCUUUCUGGCUAUCUGGUUGAUGAUGCUGGUGAAGAGGAAGAUGUUCUCCAAGUGGCCAAUGACAUUCUGGAUUCAUUGGGUAUGAAUCAUCCAGACGACGUCAAGAGGUUGAUGGCACGUCUCCGGGAUCUCCUUGCCGAGCAGCUGAGUGCACGGGCGAGAAAUAGCGGUCGACCAAAGUUGAUGAAGCUUGAUAAAGUUAUGGAUAUGAGCAAGGUCGGUGCUAUGUCGAACACCAUUGGGCUCGGAGAAGGCGUAGACCUCGAGAGCAUCAAUAAGGGAAAAGCAUCCAGGGUAGAUGUAAAAAAGCUUGAGAAACAAGAAGCCAAACUGAAGGCCAAAAUAGAGAAACGUGCUCGUCGUGACCUCUAUGAAGGGUCCAAACUGCUGGAUCAACACCGCAAGCAGCAAAAUUAUGAAGAGAUGUUUAUGAAGAUCAACCCCUUAGAAGCGGCAAAUGCUGCCAAAAACAAGAGCAAAGAUAUACAUCUGCCCUCAAUUGACGUCAAUUUUGGUUCCAAUCGUAUACUGUGCGUUUCACUUUCGAUUUCCGUGAUACUUGUUGUGAGGGAUUCAUUUAGAUCAGGAGCAAGCCUUACAUUAGCAUAUGGUCGUCGGUAUGGGCUCAUAGGACGCAAUGGUGUCGGAAAGUCCACCCUUUUGAAGCAUAUCGCUAUGCGGGAAGUACCUAUUCCUGCGCAUAUUACCAUAUUGUUCGUGGAACAAGAGAUUGUCGGGGAUGAUACAACCGCUCUCGAUUCUGUUCUCAAAGCUGACGUUUGGAGAGAUCACCUGUUGAAGGAGGAAGGUUCUUUGAAUGCCCGCCUGGCUACGCUGGAAAAGGAAGGCGACGAUAAACGGUUCGAGGAUGCUAGGGAGGAGGCUUCGUCAAGAUUGGCGGAAGUGCAUGCUCGUUUAAGUGAUAUGGAUGCCGAGAGUGGUCCUUCGAGGGCAGCCACUCUUCUCGCGGGGCUGGGUUUCAGCGAGGCAGACCAAUCUAAGCCUACAAGGACAUUCAGUGGAGGUUGGAGAAUGCGACUUGCACUAGCACGUGCAUUAUUUGUGAAGCCUGCUCUUCUUUUGCUUGAUGAACCUUCAAAUCAUAUCGAUCUCAAUGCACUGGCUUGGCUGGAAGAUUACCUUCAAACAUGGCCCGGUACAUUGCUUGUUGUAUCUCACGAUCGUGCAUUCUUAGACGCUGUUGCGACUGAUAUCGUGCACCAGCACUCUGGUAGACUAGACUAUUAUAAAGGGAAUUUCACCCAGUUCUAUUCAACUAAGUCUGAACGAGACCGCAAUAUGCGAAAAGAAUACGAAACACAAAUGGAUUAUCGAAAACACCUCCAGGCUUUCAUCGACAAAUGGAGAUAUAAUGCAGCCAGAGCUUCGCAGGCCCAGAUGAGAAUCAAAAUGUUGGAAAAGCUCCCUGAGUUAGAACCUCCAGAGGAAGAAGAGGGUGAAACUUUCAAAUUCCCUGAUGCAGAGAAGAUAUCGCCACCAUUGCUCCAAUUGUCUGAGGUCACCUUUGGGUAUACGCCUGAAAACCUUCUCCUCCAAGGAAUCAACAUCGAUGUAGGGUUGGAUUCGCGAAUAGCUAUUGUUGGCGCGAACGGAGCUGGAAAAUCAACCCUUAUUAAACUCCUAACUGCAGAGCUAAGACCCUUGAGUGGCGACUUGAAUCGGAAUGGUCGUCUGCGAAUAGGAUAUUUUUCGCAACAUCAUGUUGACACACUCGAUCCUACUAUGUCUCCUGUACAGUUCCUGGCCUCUAAAUUCCCAGGAAAGACAGAACAAGAAUAUCGAGGCCACCUAGGGAACUUCCAGAUUAGUGGAAUGACAGGGCUCCAGCUUAUUGGCACGCUUUCUGGGGGUCAGAAGUCUCGUGUCGCGUUUGCUGCCUUAUCAUUGCAAAAUCCUCAUAUAUUGUUAUUGGACGAGCCUACUAACCACCUGGAUAUUGAGGGUCUGGAUGCGCUGAUGGCGGCGUUGAGUACUUGGAAUGGCGGAGUGAUCGUUAUCUCUCACGAUGAGCGAUUCAUCACCACAGUUGCAAAGGAGCUGUGGGUGUGCGCUGAUCGUGCAGUGACCAAGUUCAAGGGUGAUGUACAAGCAUAUAAGAGCAUCAUUGUCAACAACAUCAAAGCACGACCGUGAUGGUAAAUUGUGUAUGUAGUAUGGGGAUCCCGAUCAGUCAUCACUACAUGUCGCUUAAUCUGCCCGAGAUAUGAGAUGAAGUGCAGUCCUUGAGUGUCAGUCCAGAGUCGCGCAUUUCAC